AUAAUGUAAUGCGUGUAUUAGUAAAACAUGCCAGGACUCUUGUCACGAGGAUGUGUGGGGAGCAGGGGAAGUAAGGAGGAAAGUUAUGGGGGACCCGUGAGGGAGAGAGCGGGUGAAGGCAGGCGAGGAGGAUCUGGAUCAGCGCAUAGCGGGUCGGAUUGCAAGGACAUGGUCGGGUGUGGGGUAUAUAAGAGGCUGACGGCGUUCUGAUUCCUCACACCGCGGCCACCUGCCCAGCCCACCUCAACAUGGCUCGAUGGACUAGCUUGGCGCUGUUGUCUGCGUUGGCGGUUAGCGCGCUGAGUUCGCCAGAGCCAAAUGGCCAAUACAACAUUCCCCAGGUGGGCACAGGGCGCCGCUCCCAGUACUACGUUUUGCACGCGGACGGCACUUUCAAAUACGGCUACGACACGGGCGAGGGCGCCUACGAGGCGGCCAAGCAGCACUCGCCCGGCCAGCAGCAGGGAGAGUUCGGAUACGUAGACCCGGACGGCAACCACGUCAGGCUCGAGUACAGGGCUGACGAGGGUGGGUUCCGCCCCAGCGGAACACACAUCCCCGUCGCCAGUCCCGAGUUUUACGCCGCCCACGCCGAGGCUCGCGCGCGCCCACCCUUCCACGACCCUCUCGCUCAGACCAACACCGACGCUUCCUACGGCUUCCAGUUCGCCGAGGACGGACUCUCCCGCAACGAGCAGAGUGACGCCGACGGGAACGUUCGCGGUUCCUACGCCUACACGGACGACGAGGGACGCACCCGCUCCUACACCUACACUGCUGGCCGCGGUAUCGGGUUCGUCGUCGAGGGCAGCGACCUUCCCCAGGCGCCACUCGCCCCUGGCGAAACUCCUGCCUCCACCAGGCUCUCCUCUGGCGCUGGUGCCGCCGCCGCAGCCGCCGCCGCCGCUGCCGCCACCUUCCGCGGCGCGGGCUCCAGGACACCACAGACUCCCUUCACCCAGACCUUCCGCACCUCCCACACCGCUACCUCUGCUGGCCGCCCAGCCACUCGUUUCACCGGAUUCGCCGCAGGGGGCGCUGCUGCCGGGGGCGCCGACGUCCGCAGGGGACCCGACGGCUCUUACUCCUUUUCUUUUGACGCCGGAGACCACGACCGCUCAGAGUCUGCUGACGCCAAUCUCAACGUCGACGGACAGUUCUCCUUCGUUGCUGACGACGGCGUCAGGCGCCGCGUCGACUACCAGGCUGGCAGCGGCAUCGGCUUUGUCGCCUCCGGGGAUCACCUGCCGCAGCCUGUUCAGCCCCAGCAUGGCGCCGGAGCAGCCGCCACCUCCUUCCGCAGGGGAUCCUCCACCACCUUCCGAUCCGGCACCGGCUCUGGCGCCGCCCCGCUCCGCCCCGCCUCCUCCACCUUCACCGGCUUCGGCGCCACUCGGUACGCAGGCGAGUUGGCCAACACCCGCAGCACUCUCAACCCCGACGGCAGCUACUCCUUCGCCUACGAGACGCCCACCCACUCUCGAGCCGAAACCGGGGACGCUAACAUCAACGUGGACGGCAGGUUCGACUUUGUGGCUCCCGACGACGGCCAGCGCCGCGCCAUCAGGUACGAGGCUGGCGCAGACACAGGCUUUAUUGCCGAGGGUGACCACAUUCCUGUCGGCCCUCCGGUGCCCGGUGCCCCCAGCGGCCAGCCCACCGGAAGGAUCGUUCCCGUGCAGGAGGUGCCCUUCAUCGACCCUUUGGCUGACAGCAACGCUGACGCUUCCUACGAUUUCGCCUUCGAGUCCGAGCAGUACUCCCGCUCCGAGACCGCCGACGCCGACGGCAACGUGCAGGGCACCUACACAGUGGUGGACGACGACGGCACGCGUCGCACCUACCGCUUCCGCGCCGGCGAGGGCGUCGGCUUCGAGACCGAGGAGGUGUCCACCUCCCGCGGCCCCCGGCCGUCUCGCCCCGGCGCUGGCGCUGUGACCUCCUUCAGGACAGCAGCAGGUGCCGCUGCUGCUACUGGUGCCGGAGCUGGCGCUGGUGCCGGAGCUGGCGCUGGUGCCGGUGCUGGUGCUUCCUUCCGUUCUGGCGGCGCCACCUUCGGAUCGGCCGCCACCAGGGGCGGCGCAACUUCCACCACCUUCGGCUCAGCAGCCACCAGGGGCGGCAGUGCCCGCGUCACGUCCCACGGCAGUCACAGGAGCGUCAGCACCUCCGACUACCAACUCAACCAGUACGAGGCUCCCAACGAGCGCGGCAAAUACGGUUACGUCCUUACCUUCAAUCGCUGAUGAGCAGCGGCUGCGCUUGCCUGCUGGGGGCGCCGCGGCGUGCCUCCACUCACCGCUUCCUUUGCCUGUACAUAUACAUUCACCUUCUUUCCACACCACAUCAACCUCACUUGUUUCUUAACCUAAUAUAUUAUGCAAUACUGGUCGAUUGUUUGACCGAAUAUAAAUCGUUCUUUAGGAUUACGUGCAGGAAAAAUGAAAUAAAGAUGAUGUGCAGACUGA